AUGAGGCAAGUGACCAUAUACACAUUUAUGGAAUGUCAGCUACUUACACGAGGUGGAUUCAUCAUGGAGAAUUUGGAGCAGCAUGUCGAAGGAAGGGAUCAUGACUUUGGGACACAUGCGGAUGUGGCCGAUGAUGACUAUGAUGAGGAUCACGGAGUACCAGAGAUGAUUGGUGAGUUGUAUGCUGCAGCAGAGGCAGAGGGAGAACAACCAAUGUUUGCAAGAGUCCUUGAAGAUGCGAAGAAGUCACUUAGCCCAGGAUCUAGGCACUCAAAAUUCUCUUUUUUGGUGAGGAUGUUGUAUAUCAAGUCUCGUUAUCGAAUUGGCAAUACAGCAUUUUCUGCGAUGAUCAAGUUGAUGUCAGAAGGAUACCCUCAGAGUGAGUUGCCAAAAUCAUAUGAUGAGGCCAAGAAAUAUCUUAGAGAAUUGGGUCUUGGCUACGAAAAAAUCCAUGUGUGCCCGAACAAUUGUGUGUUGUUUCGGAAGAGGUAUGAUGAAUACAAUGUGUGUCCAGUAUGCAAGGCAUCUAGAUGGCAAGAUGAAACUGGGACCAAGAAGGUUCCACAGAAAGUGUUGAGGCAUUUUCCACUUGUGGCAAGGUUGAAAAGAAUUUUUGCUUCAAAGCGAACUUCUGAAGAAACACAAUGGCACCAGAAAAAGAGGACGCCAGUCAACAAUGUAAUGAGCCAUCCAGCUGAUGGGGAAGCAUGGAAGGACUUUGACAGGAAAUUUCCAGAUUUUGCACGAGACCCGAGGAACUUGAGGCUUGCCUUAGCUACCGAUGGAUUCAAUCCAUUUGGCAACAUGAGUACCCAGUACAGUAUGUGGCCAGUGCUUCUAACACAGCUGAAUCUCCCACCAUGGGAAUGUGUGAAUCCAGCAAACUGCUUUAUGGCAUUACUCAUCCCAGGUCCAAAAUCUCCAGGAAAGGAUUUUGACGUGUUCCUUGAGCCCCUAAUUGAAGACCUGAUUGAUCUAUGGAAAGGUGUCAACACUUUUGAUGCUUGUACUGGUAAGAAGUUUGACCUUCGUGCUGUCAUGCUAUGGUGUAUACAUGAUUAUCCAGCGCUGAGCACGUUAUCCGGGCGAACAACAAAAGGGUAUUAUGCAUGUAUUCAUUGCGACAAGGAUCCGUUGUCUCUGGCAAUAAGGAAUAAGAUAUGUUACAUUGGACACCGUCGUUACCUAUUUUGGGGACAUGCAUGGCGGAGAAGUUUGGCUUUCAAUGGUAAGCGUGAAAACAAAGAUGAGCCAGGCAAGUUCACUUUGGAGGAGGUCCUAGAGGAGCUAGAGAAGGUGAAAGAUGUCAGGCCAGGGAAGCAUCCUAACAUUACUGGAAAUAAAAGGAAGCGCAACGAGGGUCCAAGGAUUUAUAGCCGCAAAGUUGGGUUGUGGAGAUUGCCAUACUGGCAACAUCUAAAGCUUCCACAUAAUCUUGAUGUGAUGCACAUAGAGAAAAACAUAUGUGAAAACAUUCUUGGCACAUUACUCAAUGUACAGGGCAAGACCAAGGACACAACCAAUGCUAGGCUAGAUUUGUAUGAUAUGGGCAUAAGACCUGAAUUUCACUUGCAGCAGCAUGGCAACUCAGUCAUUGCUCCACCUGCUCCGUAUGUCUUGGGGAAGGAUCAAAAAAUUGCAUUCUGCAAGUUUCUCAAAGGUAUCAAGUUUCCUGAUGGAUAUGCGGCCAACCUAGGAAGAUACAUAAGUGAAGAUGGUUCGAAGGUCCAGGGAAAGCUGAAAACACAUUCUUGCCACAUACUCCUGCAAAGAAUCAUACCUGCUGGCCUAAGAGGACUGGUGAGGAAGGAUGUAUAUGAAGCAGUUGCAGAGCUCGGGACCUUCUUCAGGGAACUAUGCAGUAGAAAUCUAAGGAUUGAUGUUGUGAAACGGCUGAAACAAGAGAUUCCAUUGAUCCUAUGCAAGCUUGAGAAAAUAUUUCCACCUGCCUCUUUGAUGUCAUGGUGCACUUGGCCGUCCAUCUUCCUGAUGAGGCACUGCUUAGAGGACCUGUUCAGUACGGAUGGAUGUAUCCUAUAG